GGAGAGAGUGAAAAGAGAUGGCAAAAUAUAAUCUAAAAAUUUCUCAAAUACUUAAAUCCUGCUGACAUCAGAUCAGAGAACUUUUAGUUAAACACUUCCUGUUUACAUUUGAUCAAACUAUUGUAGCACCCUCUGCUGGUGGCCUUCAUACCCAAGCAUUUCACUGUAGCGUGUGAGCUCUGUGAUGUUUUUCAUUGAGUGAGCCGGCAGAGGGAGCAGCACAGCAAUGAAAGCAGGAUGAUGUAGGGAGGAGGAGAAUCAAGAAAAAACAAACCUUAGGGUGGCGUGUGCAAAACAAGUGCUGUAGUUCUGGUUACCAUUCCCAGGCCUGAAUACAGCUACGUAUUUAUCCUGCCUUGAACGAUUGGGCAAAUCUGUUUCCAUGAGCAUCUGCUUCCACAGCCCAGGAAAGCUACUGUAACAUUAGAUAAAGCAACUCUUUGUAGGUCAGUGAUGCAGCUGGAGUGACGCAGCACUGGAAGCUGCCUCCGCAAGGCAACUUUGUACAGCAGGAGCAGGAAAAUCUCUGCCAGAAGCAAAGUCCACACACCGGUAGCAACGAUGACCGAGGAUGGGAAAGGCCUGACAUGGGCCAAAGCGACAAAGGAGGCUGGGUAGUCGCGCUACCCUCUUGCGCCUAAGCAAACAGCAGAGAGACUUCCACUGCGCCAGAGACGGGUCCAAAGCAAGAACUUCCGCACAGAAACAUUUUUUAAUAGGCGACAACAGGCCGUAGAGAAAGGGAUCCUGCACAAUAUCGUUUCCUGUUUGUUGCGCAUCAUUUUCUCUGAUUCACUAAGAUGACUGCAGUGAACCUAUGCAUUCAAACCUGAUGGACAGCACACACCCUAACACUGUGCUGAGCAAGCUCAAUGAGCUGCGAUUACAAGGCCUCUUCUGUGAUGUCACCAUCGUAGUGGAAGAUGUGAAGUUUCGGGCCCACAAAAACAUCCUGGCUGCAUGCAGCGGAUACUUCAGAACCACUCUGACAUCCUCAGACACAUGCAGCUCCAGCCAAGUCCUAGAGCUCAUGGACCUAAAGUCUGAGGUGUUUGCCAGUAUCCUCAACUUCAUAUACUCCUCAAAAGUGACAUCAGUGGGUGCUGAGAACAGAGGGUGGCUUGCAGCAGCUGGAAAAAAACUUGGAAUUCCUUUUUUAGAGAAGCUUAUGGAUGAAGAGCAGCAGGAUGAAUGUGUUAAAUCUCGAGACUCUUGUGAAACCACAAAGUCUUCAAUAACAAAGAAAGAAGCUUCCAGGGCUGAUGAGGCAGACAGUGCAAGGGGGCCUCGCAUUACCAAUGCUUUCUCUAUCACUGAAAUGUGUCAUGGGAACAAUCCCUUCACUCCUCUGGUACAAACAGACAAGGAGAGGCAGUCGUCAGAUGUGGGAAAGUUACCCUCAAGUUUCCCUACUAUGUCCUGCAUCAAUGGGAACAAUGAGACAACCCACACCCUCUCUGAACACUCAUAUGCAGUAAACAAUUCCACUGAAGGCAAAGACACCAGUCAGCAGGACAGCAGAAAGGUUUGUAAACCAGCAAUAUUGCACUCAAAGUCACUCAUUUACAGGAAUACAGGCCCGCUGAAAAAGCGCCACAGGCUGAGAGCCAUUUUGGGCAGAAGUAUGCUUCCAGCACCAGGCGAUCAACAAACUGAUAAAGCAAACACAGUAACCUCAGCAUUAUCUGAUGGCGAUACUGCUGCUCCUGCCACCGUUAUGACUCCGCCUGCACUUUUCUCAGAGGCAGAGGCAGAGAAGACAACCGACACAGAGCUCUCUGCAGCCACUGACAGUGUUAACACAGAGCUAGGCCCACCACCCCUUUCUCCUCACCCGGAGGACAGCAUUUCAAUCUACAGCUGUGAGCACUGUCCGGAGAUAUUCUCAAAAAAAGCUCUUCUCACUGUUCACUCCGAGAUACAUAAAAAGCAUUUUGGUUCCCAUUUGCUGUGUAAAUUUUGUCACAGGAAAUUCAUACACCUCAAACGGCUCCACAACCACGAGAAGGUAUGUCCAAAGGCUGGAAGAGGCCCACCUAAGCUGGAUGCCAGGAAAAUAUCAACCAAAGAGGUGGAGCACCACUCAGAUGGAGAUAUGGAGAGCACUGCGAAACAGCCUCCCUCUGCUGAUCUCUCUAGCCUGAACAUGCCAGAGCUCAUUGAAGUUAACCUAACAGAGCGCCUACAUGAAGAGAAGACGAUAAGGCAGAGGAGAUACAACUGCAGUGUGUGCAAACGAGUCUAUGUCACUUUGUCCAGCCUGAGGCGGCAUGAGAAUGUACACUCCUGGCAGAGGGCCUAUCCCUGUCAUUAUUGCAAUAAAGUGUUUGCCUUGGCAGAGUACCGUACCAAACACGAAAUCUGGCACACAGGUGAACGCCGCUAUCAGUGUAUUUUUUGUCUGGAGACAUUUAUGACGUAUUAUAUCUUGAAGAACCAUCAAAAGUCCUUUCAUGGCAUUGAUCCUAGCCUAGCUGUUAGAAAAAAAUCUGCUAAUGGUGGGCUGAAGGCCAGCGUUUAUCCAAUCAAGCUCUACAGGCUUCUGCCCAUGAAGUUUCGAAAAAGGCGAUACAAGACAUACAGCCAGACGUACUCAGAAAGUGUUGAAAAAGGUGAAUCAUCCUCUUUAGACAACAGUUCUCCUAUCCCUCCAUUUGAAGAAAAGAAUCUCACCAGCCACCCCAACACAACUUCAUUCCCACUAACUUUUAUGGCCACAACAAAGAUGGUCUCCCCUGUCAUGCCUCGCAUCUGCUUUGACAAACCUUGUGACCAAGUUGUUGACCGAAGUCUCAAUGGUGAACAGGGGAAGCAGAGAAGCACAGGGAAAGAGGCUGGAGGCCGAGAUUCACCCUUCAAUAACUGUGACAGCAUCUUCUCGGUGCUGCCCAAUUCUGAACCUCCAGCAGAUAAACCGCCAGUGGUGAUGAACUCAGAGCAUGCUACUCAUAGUUUGCCAUUCUUAAACUCCUUGAGCACUGUUAAAAAGUUAGGCGAGUUGUCAGCUUCAGCAAAAAGGGUUGAAGAGAUGACCAAAGAGAUACUUCAAUCCACCACAGAGGAUCUGAUGCAGGACAAAUUAUUAGGGACAAAAACAGAGACUUACAUUGCCAAACCCGCUUGCCAGGGUCCAUCUUUGGACAGUAACGCCAACCCACUAUGUCAGAUAACAGUAAAAAUAGGCAACGAAGCCAUCAUCCGCCGCAAAAUUAAAGGAUCUAAGCUCUUCCCCAGGAAGAAGAAAAAAACUAGAGAACUAAAUGAGGAACAGAGAUUAAGUCAGUGCACUCCACCAAGCGAAAACUUAGAGAGUUUGAGGCUUCGUCUCAGACCAGAAGCCAUUCCUUCCACUGAGACAUACGAUGACACAAAUGACUGUGACACAGCGGACCAGCUUUGGCGUCCCUACUAUUCUUACAAGGCUAAAAAGAAGAGAAAGAAGUUUAGAUACAAACACAGAAAUACUUUGUUUCACCCCUGUCCUGAACCCUCUGUAGACAAAACAUGUUUCGCUGAACCCCACUUUGACAGAACACACCUUCCAACAGAGGAGAGCAGCUCAGGAGGUAACAUUGGGCUGAAACAUAGUCUUAGCAGAAAGUACAGCUCCAGGCCAAGCUACAACUGUGACAUCUGUGACAGCUCUUUUAUCACAGAGACCGGCCUGAAAGCUCAUGUGAUUGGUUCCCAUCCAUACUUCUGUCGGACCUGCGGUAAACAAGGUCCCCCUGGUGAGGCACCCACUGUUGGGGAUUACAUCUGCAAAAGCUGCAUGGAAAAUGGCUCUUGCUUUGACAACACACCCCGAAGUCCAAACCAAGAGAAGAAAUAUCGCUGUUCAUUCUGUCCUCAGCGUUUUCUGUAUUUAGCCACCAAGAGAAGUCAUGAGAAAAAACACCAGGAGACAAACAAUGAGAGUCCUAAACAUGACACUUUCACAUCAUGUUCACAACCAAGGGAAAGCAGCAAACAAAGCCCCGCCAAAAGAGAGUAUGGUGGCAAUCAAGGGGACAUUGACAUAAAAUGUGAAAACAUGGAUGAAGAGCAUUUUACAACUGAGAGUAAGCCAAAACUGAAGGAUACACCUGAAUUAACGUCUUCGACUCCCUAUCAAGAUGUGACAUAUUCAAGCUAUAAAAGUCCACCAUCACCAUAUACGGAGUCACUGCCUGUGCUGGCGUCCUCAAAAAUGAAACACAAAGUUGUGAAAAAGAGGAUAAACAUGCAUCAUUCUAUGUAUCACAUUCCAAAGAAGCUGGCCUAUGACAGAGACAGUGAUCCCAACAAGAACUCCUUGAUGGGACCAAGAAUGAACAGUCUUACUAAUCAUGAAAAAUCCAGCAAACUGUUUAGAAAGACUGAUUCUGAACCUAACGGUGCACACAUUUCUCUACCGGAAAAAGUGGUGUGCAAAGAGGAACCCUUCUUUUAAAGGCUUUGAAAGAUUUGAAGACAAACUGCUUUGUUGAUGACUAAUUAAAGCUACAAUGUUUUCAUCUGAAUAUUUUUUGAAAGGACAAGGCAAAUAUGAUAAUCUAACAUCAGCAGACUGAAAUUUCUUCCACCCACCAAUAACUCAGUGAUUAUUUUUCACAGUUUUUCAUCUAUAUGAUGGAUAUUUUUAACUAUUAUACAGCCUUCUGAUACAAACUGUACUUUACCCUGUGUCUAUGCAUCAAGGUAAUGUUUCUUUAAAUGCAGUGCAAUAACAGAUCAGCUUCUGCAAAGUGUGGGGUGGCAGAAAAGUUUCCUGCCGUAGUUUUGGCUUUAUCUUUUUUAAAGCUUGUCUGAGUGAAACAAUAUGGAUUUUCUGUUGUCACCUUUCUGGACGUCCUGUUUAAAUAACUGGGGAUUGGUGCGUUGCACUUUAUGGGUGGACUAUGCUGACUAAUAGUUUAAUACUUUGAUCGUUGACAUUUUUAUUCCAAGCUCUGCUGAUGUAAAUAAAAUUUCUACUAAAUACACAGAACCACUGAGAUUAAAUUUACUCCUUUUUGUGAGUUUAGUAUGUAUAAAACAUGUCAAACUAUUUACAUAAAUAUUGUUGUUACUAUGAACUGUUCAAUUCUGUCCUUCUUUUGCAAACAUGUUAAAAAACAUAUGCAGGUGCCUUAUCCAGGCUAUUUCUAAGUUGGACUUUAACUUUCUUUAGUUGCAUUUAUCUGGUCAUUUUACAAACUGUGUUUAAUACUCAUCAUAUUAUGAAAGAAUAUAAAGCCACAUGAUGGUUAUCUGCUCCUCCUGCUCCUUUAGGGACCUGCAGCCCAUCUGAAAAGUUCAUUAUUUGUUGUUUUUUUUUUCCACUUAAACUGCAUCUGCGUUGGGCUUCCAAACACAAUUUCCAGAUGUUUUGCAGUUUUUUACUUUCUAAGACUUGGUUUGUUCUGCAUUAAGCAGUUCAUUUACUUAAUAAAUACAUGAUUAUAAAUCAAUACGUUUACUAGAACAUUUUACUGCAGUUAAUGUUGUUGAACCUUUUUGAUUUAGUAUGUGGAAAAUACUUCAAUUUCAUUUAUACUGCUAAGAAAGCAAGGUAAGCAAGGUCAGUAGAAAGUAUUAAUGUGAAGUCAGUAACAUGACGACUUUUACUUGCAAGAGUUGAACUGAAGAGGGCACACUUAGUAGAGUUGCAAAAUUUGUUUAAAAUCUGUAUCUGUUUGAUAGUUACUUGCAUUAGGUUGUUUUUUUCUCUUUGAUCAUUUUAAGCCAGUUGUAUUUUAUUUCCUCCUUUGGUGUGAUGAUAUUGUCCCCAGUAAAGAUGCAUUAAAGCAUUAAAACAAAUUCAUAUGUACUUGCAGAAGGUAAAUAUUACACAAAAAAUGGAAACGUGUUGUUUUAUUUAGGUACAUUUAUGAAAGGGGGAAAAUUGUGCCACAUUUAAUGGCACUUUUAGGAAUCCUCUUAAAAUAAAUGAAACUGAACUAUUUUCAA